AUGACAUGUGGAACACCCAUGCAGCAGGGCACACCCAUGCAGCAGGGCACACCCAUGCAGCAGGGCACACCCAUGCAGCAGGGCACACCCAUGCAGCAGGGCACACCCAUGCAGCAGGGCACACCCAUGCAGCAGGGCACACACAUGCAGCAGGGCACACCCAUGCAGCAGGGCACACACAUGCAGCAGGGCACACCCAUGCAGCAGGGCACACCCAUGCAGCAGGGCACACCCAUGCAGCGGAACAGGAGUUCUCCCCCCCCCAUGGUAACUCCCCCCUCCGCUGUGGUGGCUUCCCCCUGCUCCCCCCUCCGCAUUGCUGUGGCCGCUGCUGCUAAGUGCCAGUGGGAACAGAUUGCCCCCAUGGUUGGUCCCACCGGCGGUGGCUCGGAUGCUUGCCAGGCCAAAAUCCGCCACCUUGAGAUGGCCCGAGUCGUCCCUCAGGAGAUUGCUGUCAGUGUGGCGGAGAAAGGGGGAAAAGGGGGGAAGGGGGAAAGGGGGAAAGGGGGGAGGGGGGGAAGGGGGGAAGGGGGGAGGGGGAAGGGGGGAAGGGGGGGAAAGGGGAAAGGAGAUUAA